AUGUCGAUACACGACGCCCUCAUCAGCGCGCGGAACAACUCGGCUGGGUUCCCGGGCUCCGUGGUGCUGGUGCAGAACUCGUACGGCCACACAUCGCUUGCGGCGCCUUCGAACUGUACACGAUCGUAUAUCAAUACUUACUUUCAGGAGGGGACACUUCCGAGUCCGGGCACGGAAUGUGACGAGCCGUUUCUGCCAUUCGAGGAGGCGAAUUCGCCUUCACCUUGGGUACACCAGCCUCCACUGAGCGUCUCAGGUGUGAUUACCUGA